UGUGGUUACUUGUUGAGAAAAACCACAACACCGAAUUCUUAGAGUUGAUACAUUUUGAUUUGUGUUAUAAAGUAAUGAAAUUUAAUUUUUAAGUUCAUUGUGAGAAUCGAAGAAAAUUUAUUUGUUUAGCUUGGCUUGUGGAUCGGGACAAAAACUAGCAUUAUUUAUACAGUUACAGAUUUGUACCCACUUGUCUCGAACCAGAGAUUUGUUAACGUUUAAUACUGUUGUAUCUUGCCUUAAAAGAGAAUAUUUCCUGUAUCUUUGCAAAAAAUUAAAAACAUGAGGUAUUAAAGAUAUACAUAAAUUAUUUUACUGCUAAGUGAAAGCUGGUCUUAAACACCUUUUUGUGCAUAUGGUUCGAAGAAAACUCUUAGUUCCUGCCAGGAGAUUGAUUUCUAGCUUGAGAUCUGGACAGCCAGCAAUAGCAAGAAUAUUUAAGUUACUCAGAACAACACUCUCAACUGCAGUCAUGAAUUUAAAAGAUGUUCGAACAAAAUUGGCAUUUUACUAUCUGGGCCAUCUACCAAACAUUAUGCUGUUUGUGGCACUAGGAUUAGGACUCUACACAGAAUGGACAAACUCACAGAAUACUGCAAUAUUAAUGAUAGCAUUGUGUGGGCUACUGGUGUUUGGAAUGUCAUGUGCCAUGCAGUAUUACUUCAAUAAAGAGGCGCUAGGUCAGGCUGUCUUACAUCUGUGGUUGGGAUGCAUUCUUGGAGUUAUCAUCUUCACCGAUGCCAAGGAGUAUCAGUUUGAAACUCUUGAGGAAUCCAUGGAUAUCCUCCUUAUCUCCAGUGCUGCCUUUGGACUGUUCUGGUCGGUGUGUGAGAGAAUCUUGCACCUAAUGAAAAUGGAUGCUACAUUGUUUUCAUCAUUGCAAUGUUUGGAAUGUCUAGGAUUUGUGAUUGCAUCCCUGGUAGUGGGAACUGUGGACGCAAUUGUGAUUUCUUUAUGUGUUCUAGCAUUUUUAUUUUGUUUGACAGCUAUACGACUUAAGUCAUUAUUAUCUUUUACUUCAUUAGGAGUUUGUAUAAUUCUUUUCUCUCUCACCAUUUUGCCAACAUUACCUGUCAAAGUAAAUUUGUAUGGAAUUAUUUGCUUCGCAGGUAGAAAUGGAUUUGAGCCUGUGAUUGAUUUCUAUUUCUCUGGCCUGACAACAUUAGAAAGGUGGCAAGCAUUUUUUUCUAAAUCAGGGUUUCUCAGAAAAUUAGUAAUUAUAUUAGUCUUUCUUUUGAAUUUGACGUUUGCCAUUCUGACUGGACAGCAGUCAACUACUCACAAGGAAUGGUUUGUAGUUGUGCCAUUGUUUGUUGUGUUUGCAAUCCUCUGGCUGUGCUUCCAUGUCAUCAACCUUAUCACCUCCUGGAUCCUGAUGAACAAAGUGUCGGAGUGCAUCAGCACGUACCAGAGCCAGGGUGAGCACUAUCGCAGCAUGCCCAGAAUCAUGGCGGCCAAAGGUAUCCGCCACUUCAGCUUGAUAUCGCAGAGACUUAUGUUCUUUACUUUGAUUACCACAGUGAUAGUGUUUGGCGUUGGCUGGGAGACUCGUAGCAGCUACAGCAUUGCCUUGUUCCUGGUGGUGUUGCCUCUGGAGACAGCCACUCUCAGCCUGUUCUGGGAGCUCGGGGACAACCUUGGAGGCACGUGUACUGGAUAUGCAUUGAUAGCUCCCAAUACAGGCAACAGGUCUAAUAGCGGUGUGAAACUUCUCAACAGCUCGAAUGUGGAGGAAAUGGGCAGCAGGGCCAUGUCUUCACUCAACAAGAUCCAGCAAUUUUUCACUCGUAACCUCAUCGACAACUACGGCUGUGAUUACUCAUCAAGUGGCAUCUCGGACGAGUACCUCAAGUCAAAGGUGACCCAGUUUUUCUCACGUAAGACAUCUGACGGGCCGCGCUUUGACACCUACCUUCUCUACUACAGCGGAGACUGCCAAGAAUCCGGGGAUUGGGCUCUCACAGAUGGAGUCAGUGUGAAAUUAGAAAAGUUGCUGGACUGGUGGACAGAGAAGAAUGGUGACUCUGGUUCCCGUCUCAUACUAGUCUGUGACACCCAGCACACAUGGUGCUGGGCCAAGGACGUGGCCAGGCUUGAGCAAUACGUUGCCCUGCAGACUUGGAAGUACAGCCGGGCACCGGACCCAGAGACUGGUCAUGUGGUCGGGGCGUUCACUGACGACUGGGUCAAGUUCAACAUGGACGAAGAGAUAGAGACACCUUGGACUGACAAGGAGAGGAACAUAAGAGCUUUCUAUAAGGUCUCCAAAACAUGGACUGAUUUUUCUUUCCAUCUGCCAACCACCGAGGAUAUUGAAGCGCACUGGAACAGCAACUUUCCAGCAUGUACGAAGCCCCUGAUCAAGAGUGUGAAUGUGUUCCAGCAUGGCAGCCUGUGCUGUUGUUGUGAGGGCAUCCGUAAUUGUGUGAAAAGAAAACGUAUGCAGUGGCUGCCCCCAAAAGUGUCGGACACGGGGCAUGGCUUCAGACUUGUGCGGUCAUGAUUUGUUCUAUGUCUUAAUUUAAUAGUAAUUUCAUAUUUAUAGAUUGUGUGUGAUUGUCUUAUAUAUCUGAUUAAUUUCUUAUUUAUUUGAUAUUAAAAAUGUACAUUUAA